CGUCGCCUGCUUGAUCAUGUCAACUCCACCAAAGGAGCAAAGCGCACCUUCGCCAUCGACCGGAGCCGUGUCGACUCCCGACAAUUGGCCAUCCCCCAAGCAGUUCCAAGGAAUGGUGACUCUCGUCGUGGGUAAAUGCGAGAACGUACACACCGUGCACAAAGAUCUCCUCUGUUUUUACUCUGACUAUUUCCGAGCCGCUUUCAACGGCUCGUUCAAAGAAGCCACUGAGCAGAAGAUCAAGCUGCCUAAUGUAGAACCAGAAGUGUUCGAGACAUUCCAGGUCUGGCUCUAUACGCGCAGAUUUCACCUGCCUGAAGAAAAUGGUGAAGCAUACUCGAUGCUUGCCGAACUCUGGAUAUUCGGCGACCAGCACCAGAUGCCUCUUCUCCAAAAUGAAACUAUGGAUGAAAUGUUAUUUCGCUUCAACAGGGAUGUUUUCUUCACCACCCAUGCUGUCAAGCUGGCGUACGAAAAUACCAUGGCGGGAUCUCAUUUGCGCAAAGCUGUCAUCGAGAUAGUAGGAUAUACCAUGGAUCUUGGAAAAUCGCCUCAGAAUGCUCUGGAAGCCUUGGGGGACUGGACUGUCGAAAGUCUCGCCGACCUCACGCGUGAACUUUACAAGUCUCGUGCGAAAAUGUCAACUCUUCCGCAUAAGUACGAGUUGCCCAAAAGAGACAAGUGCUACUUCCACGUGCACAGCAAGGGCGAGCAAUGUCCUGCAUGAAAGACGGGCCAUCAACACCGGACAACUGCUUGUGAGGCUAGCAGACAAGAACGACGACGAUUCACUAUGCCACCAUUACCCGUCAUUCCAGCGUCCACAUUAUCUGGAACGUGGGCUCGGUUUCCAGCAGCUCAAUAUCUUUCUCGCCAACCCCAUCUCUUCAACACACCCAUCAACACAGAACAGUCUUCACACUCAGCUCAGCAUAUCACAGACCCACAUACAAACUUCCAAUAGCAGAGACUGAGCCGAGACAACAUGCAUGUUAGACUAGCUUUCUUUCCCCUCCUCCGAAGUACUACACAGAAUCUCCAUUACACACUUUUAUUCCAAGCCUCUAUUCUCUGUG